AUCUAUCGUAAGAAUACAAGUUCAACUGUGGUGUUACGUUGUUUUCCCAACAUAUCCCCAGUUCCCCACAAGGCGAGCGCACCUCCUACCUUGGGAGGGAGGGAGGGGGAGAGAGAGACCUCAUGAUGGAUCCUGCUCUUGAGGUGUGAUUUCUCGGGCAAAAGAGAUGCGAUGGAUGAUCCGAUUACUUGUUCGCUCGGCACCAUGGGCCCCCUCCUUGCGCAACUCCAUUCAUUGACGGAUACCGAGCGGAGUCUGCCAGAGGGGAUUAGUAAGGAUGAGCUCCAGGGUCUCAUACAAGAUCUCAAAGAAAUUUACACCUCCAUCAUGGAUCUUGCAAAGGAGGAGGACCCUCUCUCCACGGACAAGUUCUGGAUGAAGGAGGUGCGGGAGAUUUGUUAUGACGCGGAGGACUACUUGGCAACGGUGAUGCACGCCGGCGCCAGUAACCAGAUUGCACAAAAUAUCUCAGAGUUCAGGGCUCGUUUGGAAGAUGCAAACAAAAGGCGCAAAAAACGCAAGCUUGAUGAUCUGAGGGCUCGUUUGAAGCAGGAUGCGAGAGAAAGACGCGAAAGAUACCAGCCCGCUCUGGAUGGUUUCAAAACCAUCGUCGAGUCUGUGCUACAAGCUCCUAAUGCACGCCCUGACGAGCCCAUGAAUGAGCUCGUCAGGUUGCUAGCUUUUGACAGGGACCAACAGCUCAAGGUGAUGCCUAUCUUUGGAUUUCCAGGUGUUGGGAAGACAACACUUGCAAGAAGAUUAUAUCAUCAAUAUGGGGGGAGGUUCCAGUGCCGAGCUUUUCUUCGGGUAUCUCGAAAUCCAGAUCCCAGGAGGCUUCUCACCAGCAUGCUCUCACAAAUUAAGGGGUCACGGCCCCACGGCUCCCGUGAUGUGCAGGAUCUCACCGACAGCAUCAACAAACAUCUGCAGGGCAAAACUUAUUUCAUUAUAGUUGAUGAUUUGUGGGAUGCAUCAGUGUGGGAUAUCAUCAGUCAUGCUUUUCCGGCGGGUAAUUGUUGCAGCAGAAUAAUAACAACCACACAAAUUGAGGUUGUUGCUUUGGCUUGCUGUAGUUAUUGCUCAGAGAAUAUAUAUAAGAUGAGACCUCCCAGUAAUGAUCUAUCACGACAACUAUUCUUUGGUAAUUUUCAAGUGAUGAAAGAAGUGGUAAAACUUAUCUACAAUGAUCUUCCACCUCAUUUGAAGACAUGCUUGCUAUAUCUUAGCAUAUACCCUGAGGGCUACAAGAUCCGGAAGGAUGAUUUGGUGAAGCAAUGGGUAGCUGAAGGCUUUCUCGGUGCAGUGGAUGGGAAAGACAUCGAGGAAGUUGCGGGGGGUUACUUUGGUGAGCUUGUGACAAGAGGAAUGAUCCAGCCUGCGGAUACCAAUGAUAAUGAUGAGGUGGUGUCAUGUACAGUUCAUCACAUGGUACUUGAUUUUAUUACAUACAAAUCCAUGGAGGAGAACUUCGUCACUAUUGUAGAUUAUUUUGCAGCAGUUACAGGACUUCCUGAUAAGGUUCGUCGACUUUCCAUGAAGUUUGGAAGUGCAAAAAGUGCACAGAUACAAGGAAGCUUCAGAAUGUCCCAAGUUCGAUCCCUUAUAUUUUUUGGAUUCUUGAAAUGUGUACCUUCCAUUGUGGGGUAUAAGCUUCUUCGAGUUCUAAUUCUUCAUAUUUGGACUGAUCAGGACACAACGAGUUUUGACCUUGGUGAAAUCUGUGAACUAUUUCAACUAAGAUAUCUGAAGAUUGAAUGCAAUAUGACCGUCAAACUUCCGACCAACAUUCUAGGGUUGAAAUACUUAGAGACUCUUGAAAUAAAUGCAAGAGUAACUGCUGUUCCAUCAGACAUUGUUGAUUUACAGUGUUUGUUGCACCUCCGCCUUCCGAGCGAGGCUGAUCUGCCCAAUCGGAUUGGGUGCAUGACAUCACUUCGCAGUCUGGGCUACUUUAACCUCAGCACUAGCUCAGGAGAGAAUGUGCUGGACCUCGGCAAGCUGACCAAAUUGCGUGAUCUUUAUAUAACCUGCUGUACAGAUCCUGCUAACCGUCUGGUUACCAACAUGGAACUUCUUGCCUCAAUUCUGGGGGAAUGCAGCAGCCUCAAAUCUUUGGUUCUGGAUGGUGGAGCUUCCUCAAGCAUGUGCAUUUCUUGUGAUGAUGGCUUGGGCAGCAUGUCCACUCCUCCAGCCAGUCUUGAGAGGCUUACGUUGUCGCGGAUUUGUAUGUUUUCCAGCCUCCCCAGGUGGAUUGGAAAGCUCGACAAGCUUUGCAUUUUGAAGAUUGCAAUAGGAGAGAUGUCAAGGGAUGGUAUUAAUGUUCUCAAAGAACUCAAUGCCCUCGCUGCUCUCUCGCUGUAUGUCCAGACUGCCCCUUCAGAAAGGAUCGUCUUUCACAAGGAGGGAUUCAAAUCUCUCAAGCACUUCAAGUUCAUCUGUUCUGCACUUUGCCUAGCCUUUGAGAAAGGAGCAGUGCCCAAUGUCCGAAGGUUCAAGCUCGGAUUCAAUGCUCAAACAAUAGAACAAUACAGCCCGGCAGAUGCCGGCUUCGAAAACUUGACAGGCCUUGAAGUGUUCACUGCAAAAAUUGGGUGUGCUGGUGCUACUGAAUCCGGCAGAAAGGUUGUACAGUCUGCACUGGAGGACGCGUUUCGCAAUUGUGAAAGCCAUCCCGUCAUCAAUGCACUAUGGGUGGAUUGGAUUUUUUAUGGCGACAAAGAAAUGAGUACGGUGGCUCAAACGGAUAGUAGUCUGAACAAUGCCCGUCUAAAGAAGCUGGAUGAGAUUGUAGAAAUCGAGUGGGAGAAAGUGUUUCGUGUAAAGGAUGAGAUUCUAAAGAAGCUGGACGAGUUAUUUGUAGAGAUACAAAUAAGAGGGGAAUAUGAGAAAACGAGGACACAGGAGGAAAAAUACAAGACUAGAGAAAAACAGGAUGAGAUCUUGGAGGGAGAUUCAGAUGAACAGCAUGGAACUAAACAAAAGGGCUCAGGAAAAGAUACAAGCAAAAAACCUGAUAGCAGGACUUCUACAGCAUCUGAACCCUCUUCGUAUGUGCAAAGUCAAGGCGACAAAGAAAUGAGUACGGUGACUCAAACGGAACAACCCCAGACUUUAGGAAAAGCAGAUGUGAUUACAAAGGGAAGCUCAGAUGAACAACAUAGAACUGGAGAAAAGAGUUCAACGGAAGACACAGACAUACAAGCUGAUAGCAGUCUGUACAAUGCCCUUAUAAAGAAGCUGGACAAGUUGGAUAGUAGAGCAAGGGACAAGGAUGAGAUUGUAUACAUCGAGUGGGACAAGGAAGCGCUGACUAGGAUGAUAGAGGAGUUGGAUAGUAGAGCAGGGGAGCUGAUGGAGAAAUGGAUCCUGCAACUGCAGGACCUAGUCUAUGAUAUUGAGGACUUCAUAGAUGUCUACAACGUAGCCAAAUCAUGGGCACAUGCUGACUUUGAUAUGAUCCAGCAUUUGAAGGGUAGGACAGAGAUCCUACGACGAGAAUGGCAACAAUGGCCGAGCGGAGGCAUUGCUGCUGCGUCCGGGACGUCAGCUGGAUCCACUCUCCCUGUGUAUGCACCUGAACACGAGCUCGUUGGCAUCGACGAGCCCAAAAGAGAGCUUAUGCAAUUUCUGGAGCUGGAAGCAUAUGAUGAGCAAUCAGAGAAGCUGAGGGUGAUCUCCAUCGUGGGAUGCCGUGGGGUAGGCAAGACUGCCCUCGCAAGAGCAGUGUAUGAGGACCCUAGUGUCCAGCGUGAAUUCGAGUUCUUUGCUUGGGUUGUGGCGUCUGAGUGCAGAGAUGGGAAGGAUCUUCUGGACAAAAUUGAACAACAAGUCAGUCAAAAAUUAAGCGUGCUAUGCGAAAGGUUCCUGGUCGUCAUCGAUGAGCUGCAGCGAGCAAGUGUGUGGUACGAUAUACAACGGUACUUCAGGAGAAAUCGUCGGGGAAGUCGAAUAAUCAUCACCACAAGCAUUGAAUCAGUCGCCGCGGCCUGCACCUCUGGCAGUGGCAGUUACAUUUACAGAAUGCGAGGUCUUGGCCGUUCCGAGUCUGAACAAUUAUUCUUGAGAAAGGUUGGCCGAUCCGAGCCUGAACAAGUAUUCUGGAGUAAGGUUGGCAGGGGAAACAUACUUUACAAGAAACAUACUAGUUUAGAAGAAAUAUUCAUGAAAUGUGGUGGGCUACCACUGGCACUGAUUAGCGUUGCUAAUUAUUUGCGUGAGAAAGGACAAAAUCUGCAUCAGCUUGAACUGGGACCGGGCGCCUUUGAGGGAGUGAACAGAGUGCUUAUGCAAAUCUACGACAGCCUGCCGGACAGUGGUCACAGGAAGUGCUUGCUGUCUCUAUCCACAAUUCCCAAAGGUUAUCCGAUCCAGAGGAAGAGCCUCAUUAGAAGAUGGAUAGCUGAAGGACUGGCUGUUGGAGAUGGCACGCUCAGUGCGGAACAAGUUGCUGGUAAUCGCUUUGAUGAGUUCAUUGACCGGAACAUCAUUGAGCCUGUGCUGGUUGGCAACAAUUCCAAGGUUAAGAGGUGUCGAGUUUCUCCUGUAAUCCUGGAGUUCAUUGUCGACAAAGCGGUCUCAAAAGACAUGGUCGCUCUGAUUCGCAUGAAUGAGCCUCUCGCAAACAAAAAAGGUGCCCAUCCUGUCCGUCAAUUAUCUAUUCAAAGGGCAACUAAAGGGACUGGCAGAGUUGCGGCGGAAAUUGGAUUGAAUCAUCAUGUCAGGUCGUUGACGGUCCGCGAUCGUUGGUCCUUUUAUUUACCCUUUGAUAUCCGGAGCUGCAGGUUGCUACGAGUCUUGGACAUGGAAGGUUGCCGGUGGAUUAGAGACAGUACUCUCAGUGACAUAUGCAGGUUACUGGUGCUUCUCAAAUAUCUGAGCCUCAGGGGUACUUAUGUUCGCAGGAUCGCCGAUGGAAUAAGAAAUUUAUAUGACUUAGAGACGCUGGACAUUCGGGAGACGCAGGUGGAAGUGCCGAUGGAAGUCAUGAUGCUCCCACGGUUGGCUCAUCUGUUUGGCAAGUUUCAGCUUCCUCCAGAACUCGAAAAUGCGGAGAGAAGGGAUAAGCUGCAGAGAUUCUUCUCAGAGGAAAGUAGACUGCAGACCCUGUCAGGAUUUGUCAUUGGUAAGAAUAGUGGUUUUGAGCUCAUCCUGCUUCACAUGAGGUUACUAAGGAAGGUUAAGAUAUGGCGCACUGAUGAUAUCAGCAUCCGUACACGUCGUCUUCUUGCGUCCUCCCUCGAGAAGCGUAUUACGGGAAACAGUGCCCUUGAGUCUCUGUCUAUCGAUUUCGGGACAGAAAACAUGAACUUCCUCGACGACAUACAACUCGAAGCUCCCUGCAUGCUCAGCUCCAUCAAACUGCGAGGGAGGCUAAGGAGAGGGAGGCUAAUGAGACUGCCUAGUUUUAUUGCAUCACAUCGUAGCAAUCUCUCCGAGUUGCAGCUCUCCUAUACUGGUCUGAGCCUCGAAGAUUUAUCCGUUCUGCAACACUUGCGUCGGCUGCUUUAUCUGAAGCUGGUUGAGGGUAGCGAUUUUGGCAACUCUAUGGGCGACAAAUUAAUUGUGGAAAGCGGUGGAUUCCCAAGCCUUCGGCGGCUUUGCUUUCAGGCCUUCGAGCUCCCCCGAGUGCAUAUUGUUAAAGGAGGCAUGAGGUCUCUCACCUCUCUUCACCUGUUCUACUACAUGGAGUCUCAAACCUGGAAACCCUCGGACUUCAAUUGGGAAAUAGAAAAUCUCGAAAAUCUCCAGGAGGUGGUGUUGCGUUAUACUGUUAGUGACGAAGAAUUGGAUGCCUGGAAGAGUAGAGCAAGGUCGCACAUAAACAGGCCGAAGGUAACCCAGCAACCGAUUGAAUACCUUUGGUAAGCAACUUUUGAUGGGCAAGCCUAACGCAACUUUGAAACAAUUGUAAUUCUUCUGUCCGGUUGUAAUCUUUUUUUUUUUGUGCUAUUACAACUCUGUAUUAUUUUACCAUAAUGAAUCGUAUCAAUGCAUUGCUUGGCAAGUGUAAACAAGUGAACAGCUGCAACAAAAUAAGACCAAGUUAACACCAUCGUUAUACUCGCAAUACUAGUUAACACCAGCGUUAGACCUGAUGGUUGUGU